CAAAGAACCCAAUUUUGAGAGAUCUAGAAUCAACUCAAAUUAAUUAGUCUCUCCAUUAUUAAUUAAUCAAUCAAUGGCCUUUUGUUCAUCAUCAUUCCCAAAUAUCUUUUCAUGGAUACAAAACCAACCAUGGCCAAAAAUAACCAACACUUCCAUCAACCUAUGCCCUUCAUCAUCAUCAAAUUCAACCCAAUCUCAAUUACCAUCCCUCAAGCUCUCAAUCAACUCCUCCAAAAAAAAUUAUUUUUCCCUCUCAAUCUAUGUAGAUUACAACAUUAAUCUCCCCAUCUCCCUUUGGACAUCCAAGAAAAUCCCCUUCAAAUCCAACAACUACACUCUCCUAACUAACCUCGUACACGAUGUCCUAAAAUACUCGUCCUCAUGCAAAAACCCUUCUUAUAUAUAUAAUAAUAAUAAUCCAUCAUCAUUCAAACUCCCAAACGAAAACCUCACGACGAACGUGUUCAACUUCACGUUCCUAACCCUCACGUUCGUCGUGUGCAUUUACGAAGCCCCGAAAAAUAUCCGAGCCUCGUGGCUUAAAGCGCUCGGAGAUCAGUUUGCGUGCCACGAGGCUCGGGAGUUCUCGAAGGAGCUCAUGAGGGUACUCGGGUCAAAUACCGAGGAGAUUUGGAUGAGGUCAGUGAACCUUGCUAUCACGAACUGGAUUCGUGAGUUACGGGCCUCGGGCGCGGGCCUUGGCACGCCGAGUCGUUUGUUUUCGUACUCAUUAUCGAAGUUCGGGCUGUGGAAGGUCCAGCUGUACUGCCCCGUCAUAGCGAUGGACUUGGAGAAGUCGAGCGGCGGGGAGAUAUUAUCGGCGGACGAGGGUUUGGGAUUCUCGCUGAAUCAUCAUCAGGUGGAAGGGGUGAUCCAGUUGAAUUAUAGGGUGGAUGUUAGGGAGAAUUUGGUUGAGGUCAUGGUGAACACGGAUAACAUAAGAUGUGAUGUCGUCAAGCUCGUAACCAACACGCUCAUGAACGAACGAGGGGCCGGCGCGUCCGAGAAGCACUUCCCCUCGAGAAUCUCUCUCCAGAUAACCCCACGCACCAUGCAGUCAGACAUCAUUAGUGUGUCCGUAAGCAAGUCGUCAGAGAACAAUCCGACUGAGAUCGGACUCGAGACGGGUCUUGAGGCCUCUUUCGAGCCACCCACCGGCAUUGGCCUCCACUUCUCGGCCGGCGAGACCCUCACCACAAGCCUCAAGCCAUGGAAGUUUGAGCAGUCGGUGCACGGGAACACUGCGAAUCUGAACUGGUUCCUGCAUGACAGCGUGAACGGCAGAGAGGUCUUCUCGUCCAAGCCUUCUAAAUUGGCUCUACUUCACCCGGGGGCGUGGUUCAAAAAUCGGUACUCGAGUGCCCACAGGCCGUUCACGAGGCAAGGAGGUGUGAUCUUCGCGCGAGACGAGUACGGGGAGAGCGUGAGUUGGAAGGUGGAUAGGGGUUGCAUGGGGGGUGGGGAUGGAGGGGUUAUGGAGUGGGAGAUCAAUGGUUGGAUUUGGUUGACGUAUUGGCCUAACAAGCGUCGGACUUUCUACACCGAGACUAAAAGGCUGGAGUUUAGGGAAGUUGCAUACGCCAGCUUCGCUCCUUAUUUUGCCACAUCUCCUGGGGUUAGAGACUGGGCUUUCCGUCCGGCUGGAGCCUUUCGGCCGUUUUUGAGAGCUCUAGCCGAAGUUGUGUGGGCGUGGGGGUUAGUGUGGGCCUCCCUGAUGCGGCUCCGAGUUGGUCCUCGGCUCGUUUUGGGUGGAUCUAUGUUAGCCAGACGUCUUUGGGUGAAGGGAGAUGAUAGGUUGCAUCCCGAGCUUUGGUCUAUCUUGGAGAGUUGGAGGAUGCCCUAUGAGUUGUUAUCUCAUUGGAUUCAGUCAGAUCUUAAUCAAUACAAAACUUCUCCAAAUUUCAACCACAAAUCUCUGCUACUGAAAAUGUCUGGCCGUGGCAAGGGAGGCAAGGGGCUGGGCAAGGGCGGAGCAAAGAGGCACCGCAAGGUUCUCCGGGACAACAUCCAGGGCAUCACGAAGCCGGCGAUCCGUCGCCUGGCAAGGAGAGGCGGAGUCAAGAGGAUCAGCGGGCUGAUCUACGAGGAGACGAGGGGGGUCCUCAAGAUAUUCCUUGAGAACGUCAUCAGAGAUGCUGUGACGUACACCGAGCACGCUAGGAGGAAGACUGUGACCGCCAUGGAUGUGGUCUAUGCUCUCAAGAGGCAGGGCCGUACUCUCUACGGGUUUGGUGGCUGA